AUGGCUAUACACUCUUACAUGUCCGCGAUGCAGGCGAACGGGCACCUGCCGGGAUUCUACCGCUGGCGGUGCUUUGUUAAAAACUGCCAAGCUGUGGAAAAAACCACUGAACCAGCGAGGGACUUGUACCAUCCGACAAAGUUCCGCUCGCCAGUGUCUUGGCAAAGGAAGGGAGUGGAAGCUGUUAAGAGCUACAAAACUUCCAGCAGUUGCCAACUCACACAAGCUGCCAGACUCUGUGCCUUGGUCCUUGAAAGAAAUAGAGGCCAAGCCAAGCAUGCAACGCGUACUUCAGACGCAUGA